AUGAAUUAUUCCGGUCGUCUUACGCAUCCAUACGAAUAUGAAAUAAGUAACAUAGAAUACCUGCAACAUUUAUUAAAUAAAACUCCCGAAUCAAUAUAUCAACCACUCGAGAGUACACUGUUUACACUUGUUGAGACCGAGGAACAAUUAGAAGAGAUAUGCAACCGAUUAGAAGCUGCUCAAGAGAUUGCUAUAGAUCUUGAGCAUCACGACUACCGUUCAUAUCAAGGAAUAACAUGUUUGGCACAAAUAAGCACAAGACAAGAAGACUUUAUUAUUGAUGCAUUAGCGCUGCGACACGCUAUGCAUCAGUUGAAUCAGUCAUUCACUGAUCCAAAUAUUGUAAAAGUACUACACGGUGCACAAAUGGGUGUGCUUUGGCUUCAAAGAGAUUUUGGUGUUUAUAUAGUGAAUUUAUUUGAUACAUUUCACGCAUCUAAUGUGUCGGAUUUUGGAUAA